AUGAAGACGUCAGCAAAGAACCCUAAUAGAUCAUCUGGCUCGGUGUCAAAAGUAAGAAAAAAUUCACAGCUUUCCGUUUGCUCAGAUGAUCAGGGAUUUGAAACAGAUUUAGAGGACGAUCUUGAGAAACUUCAUAUUGAAAAAGAAAGAAAGAAAUUCAUCAAGACAACGGCGGAGCGUUACUUUGAAGCUUGCGAGAGCCUAAACGCUGUUCCCGUUGCCAAAUUUCUACGCCAAUGUCAAACAGGUUUAGUAGAUCUCAAACACUAUGGCAUUCAAGAUAUCGGGGUGCAGGCGAUCGCUAUGGCCCUGGAACAAGACAUAACAGUUACAUCGCUUUGUUUGUGUGAUAAUGGCAUUGGAGAUCUGGGUUCUAUUGCCUUGUCAAGGAUGCUCAAAGACAACUGCUUUGUCACACACUUAGAUAUCUCUGCGAAUAAAAUUGGCAAGAAAGGUGCCAUCGCGAUUGGUUGUAUGUUAAUCGAGAAUGCCUCCUUGCAAGAAUUAAACUUGAGUGGUUGCGGGAUCCAAGGCAAAGACUUCAAGCAUUUCUUAAAUGCCUUGUCUUCCAAUCCACACUUACGAAGGCUAGACUUUGGUUACAACGACCUUGGAGAAGAAGGCGCGAUUUAUUUGGGUAGAUCUCUGGCGAAAAACCGGAAACUGGAACUUCUUGAUAUAAGCUGGAAUAACAUUAGGGCGUCCGGAAUCGAAGAGAUGGCAAGGGACCUUGAGACAAACGAGAAACUGAAGGAACUUAACCUUUCUUGCAAUUGUUUCUCUGAUGAUGGAGCAAGCCAUCUUGGAACAGCGCUUAUCCGUAACCAUUACCUUAAGGUGCUAGAAAUGCAGAGUUGUGGUAAGUAAUUAUAAAAAGUCCACCAAGAGGAAACCCUUAAUAAGUUGAGCGGGGAAAGGUUACACAACUCAAGCUAAGUUUGGCCAUGUUUGCGCCCAGGGGAUACUCCCAUGAUUGGUUUUGGGUUUCAUUCCUUCAUCCCCCUACUCCCCCUCCCCCCAGCAAUGUUGUGCCCCCCCCCCGAAAAAAGGACUCAUUUACCAUUUCCGCAUAGACCAUACUGCACCUUGUUUACCCCCCAAAUUUUGCAUAACCAUUGUCUUCGAUUUCUCUUGAGAGACUGUAAUACCCAGGAGAAAUCGGAAACAAUGGCUAUCUAUACAAAAUUUGGGGUGGGGGGUGCGUGGAGGAGGGAGGUAAACAAGGUGCAUUGUGGUCAAUGGGAAUUUCCACCCAUUGUGCUCAAAAUUCAACAUUGCUUGGGGUGGUAGGGGGAGGAGGGGGGGGGGGGGGAAGGUCACCAGUUUUACUUAUAUCUUAUCACCGGAAAGGUCUCAACACUUUUCAUCUCCUCCUGACCUCCAUUCUGGUCUUACGCACCUCGACAUGGCAUCUUUUUUCAGGAAUCCAUAUUGAUGGAGCCUUUGAAAUCGCUGACGCGCUAAAGAAAAACAACACGCUGGAGGUACUAAGGAUAGGAAAGAACUCAUUCCAAAGUUUUGGUGCUUGUUUACUUCUUCGUGGGCUCAGAUACAACCAGACAAGUGCUUUACGAGAACUUAUUCUAGACGAUGUGGCGUUUGAUAGGUAAGGAAAAAAAUUCCUUUAAUGGCCAAACUAUACUAUGGAAGUAAGGAAUUAAAAGAACAACACACAAACAGAAAAAACUGCCGUGCAGGUUGUCGAAACGUCAGUCAAUGUUUACAACAGUCCUAUUCAGAACUCUAACCCCGAUGCAUCAUACUCCACCUACUUGUGAAACGAGGGUGAACUUAUUAAGGCCUCUUCACAUGAGACCGGUUGACCGGGCUGGUCCGGUUACCGGGAUGAAAGCAGGAUGAAUUCUGACGGCCUGGAUGGCAUUGUCUGAACUUGCAUUGCCUGCUGUAUUUUACCGUCAUAAGAAUCCAAUGAACUGCAGUGAUACAGCUUUCAGAGUUGCCGAAGUUAUGAUGGGCGCGAAAGUCAAAAUUAGUGUGUUUUGCCAUGUUUGCCUUGUUUCUCGAAUUUGGUGCCAGAUCUAGUCCCCAGAAAAUUUGACCUUUUCUCAUCUCUGGGCUGAAACUAGGAAAUUCAUCCCGAAAUUUCCCAUUUCUCGAAAGUCCCGAACCCAAAUCAAAUAUUCAAAUCCCGGUAAAGAAUAAGAGCUCCUGGCUAGCAAACUACUCCAUUUUGUUUCAUUAACUGACAGUUUUAUCGUGUUAGAUGCAAACUAUUGCCUCAUUAUUAAUGUAAACAGAGACAGCUUAUCGGGCCCUUAAUUUGUGGUUUUUCAAACGGGCUCAUUUCUUCUUGUUUUUUAAUUUCUUCUUUAAAAGUAAUGACCAAGAACGAGAAGUCCAAAGACUACUGCAAAGCUGAUUUAAAACAACGUGUAUUGUUUUUUAUAACAAUAUUUCGUUUGCCAUACCAGCCUUCUUCAGGUUUACAGAUGUUACUGAACUUAUGUAGCAAUCACAACAUUAUAUAGAUGGAGAAUGUCGCAAUAAAAAUUGUUUAAAAGGGAGAGGCGGAAAUGACGUACAACACAAAAACUGGAAAGGAAAAUACUAAAGAGAUGGGUUACAAUAAUUCGUCAGGGCGGUUUAGGCCACGAGGUUCAAGGGUCAUGCCUUAUCUAUCAAAUGCGACUCCCUGGCCUUUGAUCAGCACUGCUAUAGCUUGCUUCAGUUCAUUUCAGUUUAUUGCUUUGCUACGAUGACGUAAAGAAAAAAAAAAAACAAGAAAAUCUCAUUGAAAAGCUUAUGGCGAGGAAGCCCAAGGGAAGCCACCGGGUUUAUAAGGAAUUAAUGAGUUCCCUCAGUAAAAUCAUUUUAACAAAAUAUUAACAGAAUUAUCCAUGCAAAAAUCAGUGGCAGAGCUACAAUAAACCUUAAAUAUAUUAGAAAGCCGUAAUAAUCAUAGUUAGGCUACAAAAAUGCGAAAGGAAGAAAAACUGAGAGAAAAAAAGUGAAAGUGACAAGCAGAGGUAAAGACAAAAAAAUAAACUUUUAUUAUAAGAGGAAGGCUUUCUACUUACAGCAAAAGGAAGCAGCAGGUACUUGUUGUACUGUAAAAUUCCGAAAAUAAGCCCCUCCAUGUGUAAGCCCCUCCAAAUAUAAGCCCCCCAAAGCGGUAACGCAAAAAACACUCCAUUAAAUAGCCCCUCCAAACAUAAGCCCCCCAGGGGCUUGUACUUGGAAAAUUGCCCUCAGGUACAAAGUAAAACAAAGCAAAGACGAUAAAUUUACUUGCAACAAUAAGGCUAGCCCAAUCGAUUUUGAAACGCAAAGUUUCCCUCCGUAGAUAAGCCCCUUCGAAUAUGAACCCUUCCAAAAAUAAGCCCCUCAAAAAGGGCCUUUGAUAAAUAUAAGCCCCGGGGCUUAUUUUCGGAAUUUUACGGUUUCAAAUUUCAAAAUUAGGAGAGUUAAAGAAUUUAGGACCUUGGAACUGACGUCGAAGUGCUUUUUCUAUUCCGGUUUUUAAGCCCCCUCUGAUAUAAGCCCUUCCCUCUAUAAACCCUUAGAAAACCCUUUAAAAAGAUGUAAAAGCGGUAGUUUACGGUAUAGCAAAGGUUACGGUACAGCUUGCUAUCUUAGGUAUGUUUUAUCAUCUUGUCGUUUUAUAUUCAGGGAAUGUGAAAAUGAGUUGGAAGCUCUUUUGGAGGAACGACCCAACUUCAACUGUUCCUGGGAUGUGAGCAUAAAAGGAGGACAUGUAGGAAAAGCAGGGAUCAAAACUAAGAAGCCCGACGCGGUGGAACUAUUCCAAACCUUUGUACGCACCCGAGGCCUUCGUCUCAUCGACUUGUUCAGAUUCUUGGCAAAAGACGUUAACGCUACACACCUCACAAAGACCCAGUUUAUUAAUGGUCUGAAAAAACUGAAUGUUCCGUUGAAGGAUCACCAGCUAAGAGCACUGUUCAGUAGUCUGGAUGUUAAUGGAGAUGAUGAGGUUCAGUUUCACGAGUUGCUAAGCUCGAGGAGCCACUACCUAAAAACGACGCGGAAAUAA